GCAGAAAGUUUCAAGGAUCUUGGAAAACCUGGAAGCGGCUGUACUUUGACGUUAGCGGGUUUUUCGGGUCACGUGUGAAAAAAAAAAUGCCACUGAUGUGAUAUGCUGACAUUGUAGAUGAACUUCUCACCCACUGAGUUUGCUUCACAAGGACGACAAGUCAGUGUUUUAUAAACUAAGUAUGCACAAUGUAGCAAAAGAGCUGCUAUGUGCUAUCCUCAUCCAGCUGUUACCAAGGAUGCAUUUAUUCUUGUGUUGGAUGAUUCUUGUAGAAAGCCACUUGAAGAGCUGUUUUUUUUCUUUCAGAAAUGUUCCAGGAGGUUUAACAAAUCAGAAAAAAUGCGCAGACACUGUGAGAAGAAACAAACGACAGGAAAAGCAAACAGUCACGGUGAUGUAACGCAGCGACUCUGCCAGAGGACAAAGGUUAACGAGCUUGAUAUGGAUGUGGUGUUCCUCCCUGAAAGCCCAAAGGAGUUCAAUUCCCUGCAAAAUUGAGAGAGAGGAGCUGUGUCUGGGCCCUGCAGAGCCGAGUGAUUCUUACAAAGGAGUGCUACUCAGUAACGGCACCGUGGGCCGCAGACCGACCCUCAUUGAACCAGAAAGGCUGAAGGACUUUGGAGAGGAGGAACUCCUCAACGGGGACGUGAAGGUCCCCGACACUAGAGUGGUUGUCAAAGAAUCUGUAAUCACACUAAAAGAACCCCCGAAAACCAGACGAGUCAGCGAGUUCAGGAUCGUCCCGAGACCGACUCCCCAGUACCUGCGCUUUGAAGACAUCAGCGCAGCAGCCUUCGCUAUCCAAACAGGGAUAGAGAAGACGCCCUGCACAUACUCCCGGCUGUCCAAACAGUAUGGUAUGGAGAUUUAUCUGAAGAAGGAGCACCUGCACUACACGGGCUCAGUCAAGGAGAGAGGAGUGUUGUACCUGCUCUCCUCCCUCACGCAGGAGCAGCAGAGGAAGGGUGUGAUCAUUGCCACUGACUGUAACUUCUCUAUGGCUGUGGCCCACCAUGCAGUUGAGCUGAAGAUCCCAGUGUUUGCCAUCAUGCCGUCAUGUUGUACUUCACCUCGUCUCAGAAUCUACAGAGACUACGGCGCCAUGGUUAUUUCCUAUGGCAGUACCGGUCAUGACUCUAAGAACCAUGCCCAGCAUCUGGCCAAUGACAAUGGAUACCUCUAUCUGGAAGAAGAUGAAAGCGCAACCUAUUUGGCCGGAAUGGGCACAGUGGGCAUGGAGAUCUACGAACAAGUGUCCAAGCUCGAUGCGGUGGUGGUGCCUGCAGCUGGGCAGUACGGACUACUGGCAGGCAUGGCGGCAGCCAUCAAGCAUCUCAACUCACACGUUCUUGUCAUAGGAAUAGAACCUGAAGGUUUCCCUUUGCUGCUGCAAUCUCUGAAGACAGAUGGCCCUAUCAAAGACAUUCACAGCAAUCCCAACACCAAACUGUAUGGAGAUCUGAUGGAGUGUUCACUUGGUAUCAACACUUACCAGCUGGCAAAGAAACUUGUGGAUAAAGUCAUUUCUGUCAGUGAGGAGGAUUCUUUGGUGGCAAUGUUGAGGUUUCAAGAGUUUGAGCGCUCCACUGUGGACACGGAGGGCGCCAUGGGCUUGGCUGCCAUCUUGGCUGGACAAUUGCCAGAACUGAAAGGAAAAAGGGUGGCAGUCGUAGUGAGCAGUGCGAACAUGGAGCUAGAUCUGGUGAGGCAGUGUUUGGACCGAGCCCUGGUGCUGGAAGAUCGUGUCAGCAAAUUUUCGGUGCAGCUGGGAGAAUGGCCGGGAGACAUGGCCAAGCUGCUGGACGUCCUGUCCAGAGAGGAUGUCAAGUUGUUGGACGUCAGCCACCGGAGGCAUAGUGACAAGUCAGACCUUUUCAAGGCAAAGGUGGAGUGUGUGGUGGAAACCAGAGAUAAAACACAAAGCACUCAGCUGCGGAAGAUGCUGAGUGAGCGCUACCCGUCUCUAUGCUGGCUGGAACGGUGAUCACCAAAAAAAGCAUUCUUCAAACUAUUUCUAAGAACAAAGUUCAAUCUGAUGAUGAAACGAAACAUCUGUAACAUAUAUGAGAUGACAAGAGGACCCAAAUCAUAUCCAGGGAUUGGAUGGCAAUCUUACCUUUGCAUUUACCAAAAAGCAUUAGAAUUAUAGAGCCAAUAUGAUUUAUAUUGCAUCCAUUGUUAUUGAUUAUUCAUACAUUGGAGUAAUUAGAGAGGUUGUAUAAAGUGCAAGUAGUGGCCUCUAUCCAGGAGCAUGAAGCAUGCCGUAUUAGUGUAAACUCCCUAAUAGACACACACAGAAGCAUUGCAAAUAUACACGCUGUGCACACUCAAAACAGUCAACAUUUAGCACAAGAGACAUAUUAAAAUUCCGCCUUCACAAAUACUACAGUUUAAGGGGGAAUUUAUGAUGCAUCCCUUGGAUUUCAUUUGGCUGUGCAGGUGCAACUGAUAAAGUGAGUGCGUGUGCUUGUGUGAACCCACCACAUGUAU